AUGGGUUGGUGUGACUUAAGUUACGGCCAAAAGAGUUGGCAUUUUAGUGGAAAACGUGUGCCGAAGACUAUUUUGCACGCAUUGAACGGUCGCAUAGAUGUGCACACAUUGACGGCACUCAUGGGUCCGUCCGGUGCGGGAAAGUCAACGCUAUUGAAGUGCGUGAAUAUGCGCUCAAACGCCGGACUCAGUCCACAAACCCAGUUGUUUGGCAGCAAAACCACUCAAUUGCGGACCGCUUUCAUAAUGCAAUCGCUUGAUGAACACAUAUUAAUAGGACUUACUAUUAGAGAAUCACUAUUAUUUGCGUCAAAGAUCAAGAAUAGGGUGACCAGUGGACACAUAUACGAUGUCAGCGGCGGACACAAUAUCGCUCAGUCUGGACAGUUUGAGAGCGACAAAACUACCCUGACGUCAGGCACGAGUGGGUUUGUGUCCGAUGGUCCUGAGUCGGAGCCGCUGGACAUCGACGGCCACUUUGAUCACAACAUGAAUGUGAGGCGUCUAUUGUCUGAACUACUAUUGGAGGACUGCGCGGACACAACUGUCCAGCGAUGCAGUGGUGGCGAACAGAAGCGCCUGACUGUUGGCCUGGAGUUAGUCCAACAAAUCAAGCCUAACCUCCUAUGCAUUGACGAACCGACGAGUGGUUUAGAUAGCAAUUCAUCUGAAAUUGUAAUUCAGUGUUUAAAACGCCUGACAGAGAAGCACUCGAUGGCAAUCGUGACGUCAAUACAUCAGCCAAACUCAUUAAUACUGUCGAUGUUUGACCGGUUGUACGUCCUCUCAAAGGGCGGUCAUUGUGUGUUUGCCGGACCGCCCGCUCAGCUCAGGGCACAUCUCAACAGCUGCGGAGUCGACUGUCCACCAGAUUUCGCCCCAAUUGAGCUCAUGUUGAAGAUUGCAUCUAAAUUUCCAAACAAAGCUCUGUUAACAGUUGGUCAUGGGUAUAUUGAAAGAUCUGUUGAGGUCAGACACCAAUGGAUGGCGAACCUGGCGCUGUGCACAUUUUGUAUGAUAGCCUCCGUAGCGCUCAGCUAUCUGUACGACUUCCAUGUGGGUGAACGCACGCCAUGUAUUGACCGAUGGAUACCCACAGUCGGGCGCAACACAACUCAAGCCCAGCCCUCCGUCGCCGGCCGGGCGUUACUAUUGGCGGCCAAAGGGGCGGCAGUGGCCGAAAACGUAAAGCUCUUGUUUUUUGCCAACUUCGCGGUCGGAGCCAUGCCUUUGGCUAAAAACCUGUUCAUAUUUCCGGUCGAAGUGCGCGUAUUUCUCAACGAACACCGCAACGGGUGGUACUCAACCGGCGCCUACUAUUGGAGCAAAUUUAUUAUUGAAAUACCUAUAUUGGUUGGGACGGCACUGUUGUUUUCCACCAUGCUCUUUUUUAUUAGCCACCAGCCGAGUGACGCGUUUCGUUGG